AUGCAUAUUGGUAUCUAUUUAGGAUUUCUACUUGCCGUAGCCUAUUCAUCAUCUAUUGGUGGACUAUCUAGUUUGGUUGGUACUACACCUAAUGUUUAUCUGAAAGGUUUUGUAGAGAGGUAAAUAGGUAGAAUACAAAUAAUAAGUGACUAUGUUGCAUAUAACAUAGUAAAUAUGGUGGUACUGGUUUUCGCAUAAACUUUCUCAAUUUUCUAUUCUUUGCUCUACCAGUUGGAAUACUAAUGCUUAUACUUUGCUGGUUCUGGCUACAAUGGUGCUAUAACAAAAAAGAAC